AUGCACGAUCUAGAGACCCUCCGUGGUGGGGGAUAUAAGGGUGCCGGACUCUCAAAGCUCAAGUUGGCAUGCCCGCUUGACACCUUUCCUACUGAGAUCCUAGAUCUCGGAGAAACAUUGGAACAGCUUGAUCUCUCAGGCACUGGCCUUUCCUCUCUUCCCCAAGACUUCGGUCCUCGCCUACCAAAUCUCAAGGUUGCCUUCUUCUCGCAAUGCAACUUCAUCACGUUCCCCAAGGAGCUUGCGGCAUGCCCGCAGCUCGAGAUGGUCGCUUUCCGUGGCAACGGGAUGAAGACCGUCCCCGAAGACGCCCUUCCCCCACGGCUGCGAUGGUUGAUCCUCACAGACAACCGGCUGUCCUCGCUGCCCGACAGUAUUGGGAGGUGUGAGCGGCUGCAGAAGUGCAUGCUGGCCGGGAACCGACUUAAGACACUACCGGACCACAUGAGCGCCUGCAAGAAACUCGGUCUGCUCCGCUUGUCAAGCAAUGACAUUGAUGCUUUGCCAGACUGGCUGUUCGAGAUGCCGGAGCUGUCGUUUUUGAGCUUCGCGGGAAAUCCGUGCUCUACCCCCAGCACACCGGCGAUAGUGCAUGGCAAUGGACACGCCAACGGCAGCGUGCAAUCUCAAUUGGAUCAUGUGAAGUGGACCGAUCUCGAAGUGCACCACACUCUCGGAGAGGGAGCGUCAGGUGUGAUCUCGAAAGGACUGUGGCAGUCAGAGGACAGCUCGGCGGAAGAAGUUGCCAUCAAGCUCUUCAAAGGCGCCCUCACCAGUGACGGGGCUCCAGAGGACGAGAUGGCUGCCGUCAUAGCAGCUGGACAGCAUGAUAAUAUUAUCGAUGUCCUUGGCCGAAUAAAGGAUCACCCAGAGGAGAUCACCGGAAAGUUCAAGGGAGGAUUGGUGAUGCAACUCAUCCCUCCGCAUUAUCAGACUCUCGGCCAACCGCCGUCAUUGCAGUCCUGCACUCGAGAUCAAUAUCAUCCAGAUGUCUCACUCUCCGCAGACAACGCCAUGAGCAUCUUGGAAGGAAUAGCAGCGGCUGCAGAGCAUCUUCACGGCCAGGGAAUCAUUCACGGCGACUUGUACGCGCACAACAUCCUGACUAAUGAGGAUGGGCACGCACUUCUGGGCGACUUUGGGGCUGCUACGGUUCACGGCCACACUGUAUCCCCACUGUUGGAGAAGCUCGAAGUCCUUGCCUUUGCCCACUUGGUCGAGGACAUCACUGGCCUAGUUCAGCCAACUGCAGAGUCUGACAAGCGGCUCAUGGAACAACUACUUGUUUUGCGGCAGAGGUGUGCUGUCUCAACUGUUUCGGAGCGGCCUACCUUCGAGGAGAUACUUUCAGAAUUGAUAAAAAUGAAAGGAGGCAGUGCUUUCACUUAG